CAGGAGAUUCCAAGAGCUGCACAUACAAAAGAGCUGUUGGAAACAUGGACCUCGGUGAAAAAUGGCCCUUGGAGGAAGGAACCUGGUUGUCUCAUGCUGGAAUUCAUCACUUUGCCAACACCAGAGGGGGUAUGGCUGCUUUUGAUGUCCCUGAUACACGUGGUACUCUUCAACUCCUGCAUUCAUUGUGUCAACCCAGCUGUGCUCAACAGUGAGUUUGUGGAAGCCUCUCCCGAGCCCUACAGCCCGGAGGAGUUAGGACCCUCUCCUGUUUGUUACCGCUCCGGUAGUCCCACCCCGAUUCUAGAAGACCCCAACUACUUUUUCCCAGAUUUCCAGCUCUAUUCUGGGAGGCGCGAGGCAUCUGCUUUGACGGUGGAGGCAAAAGGUGGCAUCAGGGAAAAAGUUGUUGAGGAUCCUCUGUGCAGCUUCCACUCCCCAAACUUCCUGAGGAUCUCAGAGGUGGAAAUGAGAGGUUCCGAGGAUGCGGCAGCUGGAACAGUGUUGCAGCGGCUGAUCCAGGAACAACUGCGGUAUGGUACCCCGACCGAGAACAUGAACUUGCUGGCCAUUCAGCACCAGGCCACAGGGAGUGCAGGACCAGCCCACCCUCCAAACAACUUUUCUUCCACGGAAAACCUCACCCAAGAAGACCCACAAAUGGUCUACCAGUCGGCACGCCAGGAACCGCAGGGUCAAGAACACCAGGUGGACAACACGGUGAUGGAGAAGCAGGUGCGGCCCACACAGCCUCAGCAGAACAAUGAGGAGCUGCCCACUUACGAGGAGGCCAAGGCCCAGUCCCAGUUCUUCAGAGGGCAGCAGCAGCAGCAGCAGCAGCAGCAGCAGCAGCAGCAGGGGGCUAUCGGCCAUGGCUACUACAUGGCUGGGGGCACCAGUCAGAAGGCCCGGACUGAGGGGAGGCCCACGGUGAACCGCGCCAACAGCGGGCAGGCACAUAAGGACGAGGCGCUCAAAGAGCUUAAGCAGGGCCACGUCCGCUCACUCAGUGAGAGAAUCAUGCAGCUGUCCCUGGAGAGGACCGGAGCUAAGCAGCACCUCCCUGGCUCAGGGAGCGGAAAGGGGUUCAAGGCGGGAGGGGGCCCCUCCCCCGCCCAGCCCGCAGGCAAAGCGCUGGACCCCCGGGGUCCUCCGCCUGAGUACCCCUACAAGACCAAGCAGCUGAUGUCCCCGGUCAGCAAGACCCAGGAGCAUGGACUUUUCUACAGUGACCAGCACCCGGGGAUGCUCCACGAGAUGGUCAAGCCAUACCCUGCUCCUCAGCCUGCGAGAACAGAGGUGGCCGUGCUGAGGUACCAGCCGCCCCCGGAGUACGGGGUCACGAGCCGCCCCUGCCAGCUCCCUUUCCCGUCGACAGUGCAGCCGCACAGCCCGAUGUCCUCCCAGAACCCCUCUGCUGGCGGGCCGCUGCACUCCGUGUCCGUGCCGCUCGCGCUGCCCAUGACCCUGGCGGCCCCGCAGCCCCCGCCCGCCGCCUCCCCCAGCCAGCAGCUCGGGCCGGACGCGUUCGCCAUCGUGGAGCGAGCCCAGCAGAUGGUGGAGAUCCUGACCGAGGAGAACCGCGUGCUGCACCAGGAGCUUCAGGGUUACUACGACAAUGCCGACAAGCUCCAUAAGUUUGAAAAAGAGCUUCAGAGGAUUUCAGAAGCCUAUGAGAGCCUGGUCAAGUCUACUACCAAGCGAGAAUCGCUGGACAAGGCGAUGCGAAACAAACUGGAAGGCGAGAUCCGAAGACUUCAUGAUUUCAACAGAGACCUGCGAGAUCGACUGGAGACCGCCAACAGGCAACUGUCCAGCAGGGACUACGACGGGCACGAAGACAGAGCCGCAGAGGGGCUUUAUGCUUCCCAGAACAAAGAAUUCUUGAAGGAGAAGGAGAAGUUGGAAAUGGAGUUAGCAGCAGUGCGGACCGCGAGUGAGGACCACCGGAGACACAUCGAGAUCCUGGACCAGGCUCUGAGCAACGCCCAGGCCAGGGUCAUCAAGCUGGAGGAGGAGCUACGAGAGAAGCAAGCCUAUGUGGAGAAGGUUGAGAAGCUCCAGCAGGCCCUGAGCCAGCUGCAGUCUGCGUGUGAGAAGCGAGAGCAGAUGGAGCGGAGACUGCGGACCUGGCUGGAGAGAGAGCUGGAUGCGCUGAGAACGCAGCAGAAACAUGGGAACGGCCAGCCAGCCAGCGUGCCGGAGUAUAAUGCCCCAGCCCUCAUGGAACUUGUGAGGGAGAAGGAGGAGCGGAUCCUGGCCCUGGAGGCCGACAUGACCAAGUGGGAACAGAAGUAUCUGGAGGAGAGUACCAUCCGCCACUUCGCCAUGAAUGCCGCAGCCACUGCCGCGGCUGAGAGGGACACCACGAUCAUCAACCACUCGAGGAACGGCAGCUACGGCGAGAGCUCGCUGGAGGUGCACAUCUGGCAGGAGGAGGAGGACGUGGCACAGGCCACCAGGAGGUGUCAGGACAUGGAGUACACUAUCAAAAAUCUCCAUGCCAAAAUCAUAGAGAAGGACGCCAUGAUUAAGGUCCUUCAGCAGCGAUCCCGUAAAGAUGCCGGGAAGACGGACUCCUCGAGCCUGCGGCCUGCCCGCUCCGUGCCGUCCAUUGCUGCGGCCACCGGGAUACACUCCCGCCAGACUUCCCUCACCAGCGGCCAGUUGGCCGAGGAGAAGAAGGAGGAGAAGACCUGGAAGGGGAGCAUAGGGUUGCUGCUGGGGAAGGACCACCCUGAGCACACUUCAACGGCCUCCACCACGGCGCUGUCCCCCGCAGCCUCCACCGCCUCGGCCAGCAGCGCCCACGCUAAGACGGGCAGCAAGGACAGCAGCACCCAGACGGACAAGAGCGCCGAGCUCUUCUGGCCCAGCAUGGCCUCUCUGCCCAACCGUGGCAGGCUGAGCGUCACCCCUUCCAACAGCCCGGUCCUGAAACACCCGGUGGCCAAAGCACCUGCAGAGAAACCAGAGAACCCUCCUGGCCACGGGAAGUCCCCCGACCACAAAGGCCGCGUCAGCAGCUUGCUCCACAAGCCCGAGUUCCCUGACGGAGAGAUGAUGGAAGUCCUCAUCUAA